AGGCAAAUAGUUACCUGCAUAAAACCAUGUACCAGAAAAGGAUAGAUAAAUUCAUAGCUUCAUUUAUUGCUAAAAAUGGCCCCUCCCCUUCUUGAAAAAUUGAUGGAAUGCGCCAAGGCAAUUGAAGAUGGUGAUCUGAAACAUGCAGAUUCACUCUUCAAGGAAAUCGGACUCGAAAGUUCCACUGAAGCCAAUUUAGCCACAAGAAAAGUUGUCAAAUACUUCGCUGAAGCUCUUGUUCGGCGACUGUAUAAACUGUAUCCUCGAAAUCCUAUGCCGUUAGUACGUUUCAGAGAAGAUAUGGACAUCCUCGGUUGCAAAUUCGAACCUUUCCUCUCGUUUGCUAGCUACACCAUCAUGCCUCCCUUCUAUGAUGCACUGCGUGGAAAAAAACAAGUUCACAUUAUUGACUUUUCCGUUGCGGUGGAUAUCUGGCAGCAUGCUACUCUGAUGAAAGUGCUUGCAAGCGAACUUGGUAGCCGAUUGUCAUACCGGAUAACUUUCGUCGGGCCAAAAUUAUCAAAACAUCUUGGGUACCUCAAGUUAAUUAGUUUGAUCCUCACUAAAACGGCUGAAAACCAUCAAAUUGAUUUCGAGUAUGGAGAAUAUCUUGCUAAUAGUGUGGAUGAGAUAGUUGGAGCUACUCUACAACUCGGCAGAAGAAACAAGGAAGAGGCGGUGGUAGUGGAAUGGGAAUUUGAACUACACAAAUUGCUUGCAGUACCCAGUGAUAAAUUCAAUCUGGUGAUGUCAAGAUUGAAGGACCUCAAACCAGAGGUCAUGGUAAUUGUCGAGCAGGAAGCGGAUCAUAACAGUCCAGAUUUGAUGGACCGCCUCGGCAAAUCAUUCAAGUAUUACUCUGUUAUGUUUGACUCCCUCGAGGAGGAUAAAUUUGAAAAGCUUGAAGAUUAUAGAGUUCUAUGGGAGAGGAAUUUUAGGCGCCAGAUUAGCAAAGUGGUGGCUGAAGAGGGCAUCGGCUAUGUUGAGCGACAUGAGACAUGGGCUCAGUGGCGAGCCAGACUGUUUCGAGCUGGUUUUCAUCCUGCUCGCAUAAUGUUCCGUGAAACUAUGCUUUUUAAUAACAAGACUAAUCAAUACAGAAUAGAAGAAAAGAAUCGGCGUCCCCUGCUCUGCCGGCUCGAUUACCCUUUCGCUAUCUCUUCGGCUUGGAAACCUGACCUAACUCACGAUGAGUCAAUAAGCAUGGAGAUAGGUGACCUAGGAUCUAUGCUGGGCAGUUUUAACAUGGCACAAGAUGCAAGUCGGGAGUCCGGGAAAGCAAGCAAGUCUGUAUCCCAUGAAGACGACGCAGAUGAUGCUACUAUCAUGAUGAGAGGAAGUAUUUGGUCGACAGAGUGCUUCUCAAUUAACCAGAUCGCUGCUUCAGCUGAGUUAUUUGACAUAUUAGAAUAUGUAUGUCAUGUACAUGAUCUGCCGAUGGCUCUAACAUGGAUUUCAGACAGGAGAGAGGAUGGUACAAAUUCAAGAGAGAAAUUUAGGCUGCACAUCGUGGAUACUGCUUGCUUUGUUAAUGAUGUAGGAAUGAAAGGUUUCGUUGAGGCAUGUGUUGAAGGACCUCCUCUUGAGGAAGGGCAAGGGAUAGCUGGAAAAGCACUUCAAUCAAAGAUGCAAUUUGUCCCUGAAGUUGCAGACCUUGAUGCAAUCGAUUAUCCAUUUCUUCAUGUUGCAUGGGAGUUUGGCCUUCAUGCUGUUCUUGCAAUUAAGCUUGCAAGCACCUACAUGAGUAGUGUUGAUUAUAUAUUAGAACUUGUUUUCCCUCUGGAAACUAGAGAACUUUCAGAACAGUUGGUAUUGAUGAAGGAAAUCAUAUCAACCUUGACCAAAAAUUGUGGGAAUGCAUGGAGACUUUGGGGUAAUAGAGCUGGGAUUGAGAAGGCAGGGAAGUCUGGUGAAACAGCAGCUAUUGUUUCUGGCAGCUCUCCACAGGGGUUUUCAGAUACUGGCGGUCUGAAUACAGAAGAUAUAACCAUUACAUUGGAUAGCUGUUUGAGUGAUGGGCAUGGUGAGCAGAUUUGCUUGCAAAUGCAGUAA